CAACGGCCUCGCGUCGGUAUUUUGAGAUCCGACGGUUCGUUGUCAGGUGUUAGUUGGUGUUUUGCGAGUGAUGAAGUCGAUCCCCGUCGCUGUGCUCGUCAAGGACAAGGCGCCGUGGUGGUCCCUCAGCUGGCUGAGCACCCUUGCCGAGACGUAUGCGCUUCGCGACAAGAUCAACCGCGUCCUGGUCGUUGCCGCGUACAUCAUUGGCGUCCUCGUCGUUGUCCUCGUCGCGAUCGAUGCGAUCUGCAACAACUGGGCCAUCAUCGACUUUGUCGGCGACGGCAACGAGUUCAUCACGCCGGUGGCCAACACGAAAGGCGCCGGCGACCUCGCUGAAACGUAUGCGUUCCGGAAAGGCGGGGACCUCGCGAGUCUCUCGAGCAUUGGUCUUUGGAUGACCAACUACUCGGUGUCGAACCUCGGCGCGCGCAACUCGAACAUCUACCUUCUCUCAACCUCGGAAUUUGAGAUCGAUGCGCGCAUCAACAUUUGCAGCCGCUUCUCGGGCAGCUACGCCGUCGAUUUGGCGGUGAAAAACCCGUUCAAGCUCGGCGUCGCCUUUGAUUUGGUUUCGUUUUUGCGCGGGAAUGCGAUUUCAAUUGCCUUCUCCGACGAAGCCGCCUCGGGUGUGGGCAACCGCAGUUCUGGAGCGAGCAGCGCCGAGCUCCAGCAACGCGGGUACGCGCCGGCGCGCCUCGGCGCCGACGUCCGUCUCUCGCAGUUUAUCAAGCUUGCCAACACAUCCAACGUGCAAGUCCAGGUCGUGCCGGUCUGGGAGAUCUUUACGAAAGGCUACUGCACGGGGUGUAUUCCGAUCGCCGAGCUCGGCCGUGGUAGCUGCAACUUUAGCAUGACGUACACCGAUGCCAACAAGACGCUCAAUGUCCUCGCGCGACCGAUGCCCGGGUCGCUGCACCGGCAUGGGCUCCUCACGCGUCAGAGUGCGUUCAACACUGCAUCGCACUGGAUCAAAUUCAUUGCGCUCUUCUUUGCCGCUGGGGGCUACCUCGCGAGCCGCCGCACGGUGCAGUGGCUCGAGGUCGACCCGACAAAACCAGACACGAUCUUCACACGCGCACUCCAGACCGUGGUCCCAAAAUGCUUUCCGCAUCUGAGCCACGCACUCCGCUUUGAUAUGUUUUGCUACAACUCGGAUUUGUUUGUGACGCUCUUCUGCAUCUCGAUCAUCCUCGACAUGGACAGUUCGCUCAUCUACAUUCGCGAAGUCAACGUGUACAACGCGAUCAAGCCGCAGUUCUUUGUGAGUGUCCGUCUUUUCGCCUUGAGUUUGCGUCUUCUUUGGCUCAACUGCGGCAUUCUCAAGCUCUGCAAAAUUGGCUUGAGUAUCGUGAGCACCGCCACGUAUUGCGGCGAGAGCCGACUCAUGGGCUACUUCAACUUGACGAGCGUCACAUCUCUGUAUCUGAGCGCGAUCUUGCUCUUUUACAUCCCCAAUUACAUCGAGUACAACAACAGCGUGCGCCAAGAUUUGUUCAACAGCGUCGAGAACCUCGAUGGAACCCCCGUCAACUACUACAACAGCUUUUACUUUCGCGUCAGCUACGCCAUGGGCAUGGGCCUGAUCACCAACAUCCCCGUCAUAACCCUCCUCGAUCAAGCGAUCAACCGGUCAUUUUGGAAUCUCAUGGCGCGCAACAGUCUCGGGCGGCAAGCGCUCUUCAACAGCACGUCGAUCUUGUGUGAUUACAUCUCGGAUGUCCGCGAAGACAAGAAGCAUCGGGCAGCUCUCAUCAUCUGCAAGGCGCGCCGACUGAGCACGCUCCAGUGGUUCUUCAUGACGCACAUGUUUACGUUUGGCUUGCCGGAGAAGGAACUGCGCGUCAAAGCCAAGUACCAACCGACGACCCAAGGCACGACUGCAGCCGGGGAAACGGGCCCGGCCAAAGAAAUGUGCAUGGUGGUGCAAGAUGGCAGCUGCCACAUUCACCUUCUCGACGACCAGCUCGCAGACGUCAAGAGCCUAGUCUACAACAUCAAGGUGCUCAAAGACACGACCGUCGUCAUCAAGUAG